UGUACAUAACCCGUGACAUCAUCUCCACGUAGUCACGUGACGGUAGUUCUGUCCGCCAUAUUUCCUCAUACAUGGCCAAGAGUCGCUGAAAAAUUGCCUGGUUUUCUGUUUUCAACCAACAAAUACAGACUAUUGAGCGCGAGCAACAGGUAACCGGGACCUCUGUGACACCAGCAAGAUGUCGGACUACGACAGUAACCCGUUCGCGGACCCAGAGGCGGGCAAUCCUUUCCAGGACCCGUCAGUGACCCAGGUGACUGGUGCUGCCCAGCAAACCUUCACAGAGGAGUUCAACCCCUUUGCUGAGCAGGGUCGCACCACUGCUGCUGCAGGAAAGACCAACCCUGUGGUUCCCCCUCCCCAGAAGCCCCAGCCGGCCCAGCAGCCAGCCGUCAUGAGACCUACAGAAGAGCCCCCUGCCUACUCACCCAGUGCUGCACAGCAAGCCCAAGGACCUGCAGUUCCCACCAAUGAAGACCUUAUCAAGCGACAAGAGGAACUGGAAAGAAAAGCAGCAGAGUUGCAGAGAAAAGAGAGAGAAAUGGCAGCUGGCACAUACAACGCGCGAGCAAACAACUGGCCGCCUCUGCCGUCCUGGUGUCCAGUAGGGCCGUGUUUCUACCAGGACAUCUCUGUAGAUAUUCCUCUAGAGUUCCAGCGCACUGUCAAAAUGAUGUACUACUUGUGGAUGUUCCACGUGGUCACUUUACUUCUCAACGUACUCAUGAUGGUGGCCUAUGUGGCGGCAGUCGGGGUGGACCUCACGGCGGGAAUUGGCCUGGGGAUGGCCAUCCUCUUUACGCUACUCUUCCCGGCUUGUUCCUUUUGUUGCUGGUUUCGUCCGCUUUACAAGGCCUUCAGGAGUGACAGCUCCUUCAACUUCUUUGUGUUCUUCUUCAUUUUCUUCUUCCAAUUCGUGGUCCACGUGAUCCAGGCUGUGGGCAUUGGCGGAUGGGGAACUUGUGGUUGGAUUAAUGGCAUAACGGCAGUCACCGUGAACCCUGGUGUCGGAGCCAUCAUGCUGAUCAUUGCCGCCUUCUUCACCAUAUCCGCUGUUCUCAGCAUUAUUUUUCUCAAGAAGGUGCACAGCCUGUACCGUACAACAGGCGCCAGCUUCGAGAAGGCCCAGGCGGAGUUCACCGAGGGUGUGGUGUCCAACCGCGGAGUCCAGCAGGCCGCUGGGCAGUUCGGUGCCGCCGCGGCAAAGGGCGCAGCCAGGGGCGCCAUGUCGAGUGCGUCUGGGAACCAGAUGUAGUAACCCUCUGCAAGGGGACGCUGCACGUUGUUUCCGAUCAUAAUAACGAUGCACUGCUAAAACUUCGCUCUGCUAACCUCCCUCCCAAAGUUCUAGCAUGACACAAUUCCUUAUCGUACUUCUACCCUUUACUUCCAGCACAAUUAUGAUUCCUAGGGCAAAAGACAUAUAUAUGAUAUCCCCUCCCCAGAGAAUAACUGUUUUCCUGUAUAAGUUAUGAUAACAGUGAAUGUUAUACUUUUGACUUAGCCCGUUUAGCUUGUUCCAAAUAUAUAUCCUCUUUGCAAUACAAGUUGGCUUUUCCUGAUUCAGAAAAGUUGUAUUUGAAGGCCAACUGAUGUUGCAAAGUAGAAUUCUGUCAGGGACUGUCUGUGAUCAGAAAAGAAAAACAUUAGGAGAAGGCUUCUACCCAGGUAAUGCUUUCCCCUAACUCUUCCCAAAGUCUGUCCUGGCAAUUCCCCCAGCUGUGCAUCAGGAUUGGGUAGCUGGAAACAAAUCUGGUGUCAGGACAUGCUUUCCAUGAAGGCCCCCGGCUGAAUCCAGAGUCCAAACAGGCGUACUGUCCACAGGACGAGGGUAUAGAGGGUAUUUACAUGAGACCUUUGGUGCAUAAGCCACCAUCAGGGGGGACCUUAAAAAAGAAGUUUAGGAAAUAAUGUACUUGUAAGGGUGUAGAUGUAGCUCCAUACCUACAUAAAUCCUGCAGAACAUGUUGCUUCAAAGAAAGAUGUGUAGUUCUGCAAUAUGUUCACAAUCUGUACAUUGGAGAAUCAAAAAGUUAUGAAAGUUAAGGUUGGCCACACCUUUUUAUUUCAUUUCUUGAUGGUUAAUCAUAGCUUUUGCCAUUCUUUUUGCUGUUUCAUCCCUUUUUCUGGACUUUCUUUAUUAUUCUACCUUUGUUCCUUCCUUUCAUCUUGUGUUUAUGAAAGUAUCUGAAGUGGUGUGGCCCCAAAAUGUGGUCAGUUUUUGAUGCUAUCAACACAUUCCAUCCAGAUAGUGACACUUCACACUUCAGUAACUAGUGCUGGUCAGAAAGAAAGCUGUAAAGUAGCGCCUUCUUGUUAUAUAACAAAUUACCCUUGCUGAAAACAAAGUCAUUUACUGUUAAGCAUGAUUUUCUUCCAUUGGAAUGUAGGAAAUUUCUGCUGUUUGCAUGUAGAAACACACAUGCUGUUGUAGGAGAUACAAUGCCACAUUUAGACAGAUUCAGAUAAACAUUGACAGGAACUUUCUGUAGUAUGUACCGGUAGUAUUUCUGUAGAUACACACACCUGUACACAAUAUGUAUUUGCCGUAACAAUUGGCCAUUAGGUCCUUUAAGGUGGCAUGAUAGAGGUAAAUCUAAUGAUAGGCAGAUAGUUAUACUCUUUCAUGAAACAUAAAUAUUAUGUUUUUCUUUGUACCACAUUGUAUAACUAAAUCUGACUUUGAAGAAGAAAGUAUUCACCGGUGUAUGCUAUAGAACUGUUCUUUACCCAUGAUCCAUUUCUUUCAAAUGGGUCAAAGGUUACAAGACUUUCUUGCAACUUUCCAGUGCUAGCACAUUUCUAUUCCAGAAUCUCAGAUGAAGUACUGUACAAAUUUUUUUACAAGCUUGUACUGUAUAAUUUUGGGGCAUGAAGUUGGUGACAGAAGAUAUGUUCAUGUUUUUAUUAGUUUGACCACUCUGUGGGUGGGCACAUGUGUCGAGACAAUUUGGUAAUUAUUAGGGAAUAUUGAAGCUAGUUUUUCUGGAGUCUAUUUAAGAAUAUAGAAAUAUGUAGAAAUUACUGGAGUUGGGGGCUAUUGUAAAGGCUUUUAGUACUAGUAUAAAAUAUUACCCGUGCGUGAAUUUACUCAAAUGAAAUCCAUUUUUUGGAAUACUGUAAAUGCCUUUAUGUUCGCAGUGGUUUUAUGUUACGGUGGGAAAGGGAGGUUUGUACGGUGUUUGAAGUUCACUGUUGGAACAGGAAAAAUUACAAAACAUAUAUUUGCGGCAUUAUGAUUUCUCAGUAAAAAAAAUAAGAGGGAAAAUAAAACCACCACGGACAUGUCAUGGUUUAUGUUACUAGAGGAAGUGCUGUCAAAUGUAAAGUUGCAAUGUUAAUAGGUGUCCGAUAGAAAAUAAUGGACAUUUGAUGUUUUAUUUCAUUGUUGUGUUCAGUUGCAGUGCUGCUUUAAUAUCAUCAUGCAAUUUUCCUGGCACAAUACAACAUUGCUCCAUUUGAUGUACAUGGCCGUUGACUUGGAAUUGAUCAAAUGCUAAAUUUUUAUGUGUACCACGCUUACAUGUAUUGUUCUGUGUUAUUUUGCACUUUAAUGGAUGUUAUACACAGUUUCAUGCUUGAUUUCAUUGAGCUUGGGUUGUGAGCACAUUGUCAACUAGGAGCAUUUUGUCUUCAAGAAAUAUUUGAAGAAAUUAUAGAGGUAAAGUGAGGUAUAUCCAACUAUUUGUACAUGUAUGUGUAUGUGGUUGUUAAUGUAGAUCUUGGUGCAAAGAUGUGUACUUAUACACAAUUUUCAAGGCAUAGGAUGUUUAUUUAAGAAAUCAGCCUGUAUUCCAUCCCUAUAAAGUUUCAAAUUGAUGACUUCUAUCGUAUAUUUCUGGUGUUUACGAGUUGUCCACCCAUUUGGUAAUAUACAGUACACAACUAGAAUGAGCAGUUUAUAUACCAUAUGUAAAAAGGGGGUUUAGAUCCACCUUUUAUUUGGUUUUAUCCUGCAUUGCUCCACCCCUUUGUUUCCAAAAUUCCUUACUUUGGUGGACUGUAGAUUUCUAGCAUGAGGUCAUAAUCUGUAUCACAAUGAUGUAGUUUAAUGUAUUUAUUAAAUAUUGUGUACUAUUGUUAAUUAACAGGAGAUAUCGUAUGGAACAGAUUGCUGUAAACUAGUGUAAUUUCUACCAGUGUGUUCAAAUUACAAGAAUGUUAAGGGGACUUAAAGCCAGAUGUGCUUUCAUCCUGUAGGUUUGGAUUUAAAGAGGGUUUCUGAACAAACAAUAAAGCUGAUGCUAUGUAUAUU